GGACAGAAGCUCAUCAUUUGAGAAAGGACAAGUGACAAAGAGACUGAGACUUUGAAAUGUGGAGAUUACACAGUAUUUCUGGUGCCAUAUUAAAGAAAUACCAAAGUCAAAUAAAGUCAAAAAUACCCCUUCUUCUAUGGUGUCUCUUAUGAAACAAAGAGAUGCUUUGUGCUGACUUGCUGCCAUCAUCCUUUCCUCCAGUCUCCUGCUGGGGCACCUUCCACGUGUUACACCUGCCAGCAGCAGCAGACUGCACAGCCUCUGGGAAGAACACUGGUGGUGGGCUCCCAUAAACUGGAGCUAAAGCCACCAGAGGUACUCUGGGCACUCACAUGAUCUUGUCACUACAUUUUCUCCCGACUUUGUCUUCCUCUGGCAACUCAGCUGAUGCCUCAAGCCACAGCACAGUGAAAUGGAAGUGUGGUUUCUGUAUUUUAAGACAGCAGAGCAUUAAUUAGGACCAUGACUGGGGCCCCAUCCUAUGCUACAUUACAAGGAUGAAAUAGAAUGGGUGAAUUGUUCUGGACUUGGCUCUGCUGGGUUUGCUACAACGUCUAUCAGUGCUCAGUCGCAUUUUUAUUUUUUCCCUUUUCUCUGGCUGCAGGAAAGGUUCAGGAGCCAGAGCUCAGAAUUAAAGAUAGGAUGAAUCCAACCACUUUCACUUAGAGAUUUGUUUGUUAUCUAUAUGCUUCCUUUUCGAGAUUAGAUUUUGUACGCCCACAUCACAGACAAUUAAUUGUGUUUUACAAAUCUUACACGAAGUAGCACUGCUGAUUGCCAGAGUUACUCACUAUCCCAGCAACUCUGAGGGGGACAAGUCUCCUCUGUCGGACUCCUCUGGCCCCUCAUGUACUGCAGUUGGCAUGGCCUGGCGAUUUGUGUCUUUCCUGUUGGACAGUGACAGCGAGUCCGGCUCACCUCUGCCAUUUAAACGGCUUUCACUGGUGGGGGGGUUCUUCUUUUGUGGUGUGGUUUCUUUUUUUUUUUUUUUUUUUUUUUUUUUUUUUUUUUUUUUUUUUUUUUGCCAAGAAACAGAAAUCACAAUCGCUUGGGAGCAAAGCAGGAAUUUUAUUUUUUCUUCUUCAUACAUAAUACCGUAAGUGUUGCUAUAAACGCCACACUUAGUUUUUCCACCUGGACUUCUGACCACUGCUGUGUCAGCUAAGACACGACGGUCCCUGCCACUUGGCCAACUUAUUUCACGCUUCCCUCAGCGUUUUCCCCGGCGGAGACUCCCACCGGCCGCGGUGGCAGACACCGCAUGAAUCACCAGGGACUGUUUGUCUUGGCCCGCGGGUGCUGCGCGCUGGGAAUGCGAUUUCUAUUCCCCGACGUUUCCCUUGGUCGGCUUCCCUGGGAGGCUGCGGCCCGGGGAGCACGGCACCGGCCGCGGAAGGAUGCGCUGAGCCGCCAGACAGACACCGCACCGCUUUUCUCGAGCAGGGACCCACGGCCCCCUCCGGGAGAGCCCGCUCGGCCGGGGCAGCGCUGCUCCCGGGGCUGCGGGAGCUGCCCUCGCCGCCCGCCACAGCGCAGGGACAGCCCUGGCAGGGAGGAACCAGCAGCGGGGCCGAGUUUUACAUCCUUGCGUGUCUUUCUGUUUUGUGAAGAUGAAGAAAAUGAUUGCAUGUUUCCUUCUGCUAUUUGCACACACUCUGCUUUCCACUGUCAUGGGGAAAGAUCUCCCCGGAAGACAUUUCACCCAGAGAAGGGAUGUUAACACACAGUCUCUACUGGAAAACACUUGCAACAACAAACGUCUGGACCUUGUUUUCAUUAUUGACAGCUCUCGCAGUGUGCGCCAUUAUGACUUUGAAAAGGUGAAGGAGUUCAUUUUGACCAUCCUGCAGUUUCUGGACAUCGGCCCCGACGCCACGCGCGUGGGUCUGAUCCAGUACGGCAGCACGGUCAAGCAGGAGUUUUCCCUGAAGACCUUCAGGCGGAGGCAGGAGGUGGAGAGAGCGGUGAGGAGGAUGAUGCACCUGGCCACGGGCACCAUGACGGGGCUGGCUCUGCAGUACGCCGUGAACAUCGCCUUUGCAGAGACAGAGGGGGCCCGGCCGCUGAGGCAGAACGUGCCCCGCAUCAUCAUGAUUGUGACAGAUGGCAGACCUCAGGAUCCCGUGGCAGAGAUUGCUGCUAAAGCACGUAACUCGGGAAUCCUCAUUUUUGCUAUUGGAGUGGGAAGAGUGGAUAUGAACACUCUGAAGUCCAUCGGGAGUGAACCACAUGAAGAACACGUGUUUCUGGUUGCUAAUUUCAGUCAGAUUGAAACACUGACCUCUGCCUUCCAGACUAAACUUUGUGUGCCUCAUAUGUGCAGUAUAGUUGAGCAUCAGUGUGAUCACUUCUGCAUAAACACCCCUGGCUCCUACCUGUGCAGAUGUAAACAAGGAUACAUUCUGAAUGCUGAUCAGAAGACUUGCAGCACUCAGGACCUUUGUGCUGUGGAGAAGCAUGCCUGUGAGCAGAUUUGUGUGAACACACCUGGGUCCUACGUCUGUCAGUGUUAUGAAGGGUAUGAGCUUGAUGCAGAUGGAAAGAGUUGUGUUGUUGUAGACUACUGUGCUUUGGAUAACCAUGGUUGCCAACAUGAAUGUGUUAACACUGAGGACUCCUAUUACUGUAGAUGCCACUCAGGAUUCAUUCUGAAUCCAGACAAGAGAACUUGUGGAAAACCAGACUAUUGUUCUCUUCAGGACCAUGGUUGUGAACAGGAAUGUGUUAAUACAGAUGAUUCCUAUUUUUGUCGGUGCCAAGAAGGGUUUAGACUUAAUCCAGAUAAGAAAACAUGCAAAAGAGUGGACCACUGUGUGGAAAGCAAUCAUGGCUGUGAGCAACUGUGCCUAAACACCGGUGACUCCUACGUCUGUCAGUGCUCUGAAGGAUUUGUCAUCAAUGAGGACCUAAAAACCUGCACACGAGUUGACCAUUGUGCUCUGAGUGAUCACGGCUGUGAACAUUUGUGUGUAAAUGGUGACAGAUCUUAUACUUGUCAGUGUUUUGAAGGAUACAGGCUUCGGAACGAUGGGAAAACGUGUAAACGUAAAAAUGUCUGCAAAUCAGUCAGCCAUGGCUGUGAGCAUGUUUGUGUUAAUGCUGACAGUUCCUACAUCUGCAAGUGUCGUGAGGGAUUCGUGCUGAGAGAAGAUGGCAAGACCUGCAGAAGACAGGAUAUCUGCAAAUCAGUCAGCCAUGGCUGUGAGCAUAUUUGUGUCAAUGAAGAUGACUCCUAUGUUUGCAAGUGUCAUGAGGGUUUUCUGCUGAGAGAAGAUGGGAAAACAUGCAGAAAUAAAGACAUUUGCAGUUCAGUUCACCAUGGCUGUGAACAUGUUUGUGUUAAUGCUGAUGAGUCCUACAUCUGCCAGUGUUAUGAGGGAUUUGCACUAAGGGAAGAUGGAAGAACAUGUAGAAAUAAAGAUGUUUGCAAUUCUGUUGACCAUGGCUGUGAGCAUAUUUGUGUGAAUACUGAUAGUUCAUACCUUUGCCAGUGCUAUGAGGGUUUUGUAUUGAGGGAUGAUAAGAAAACAUGUAAAAAUAAAGACAUCUGCAAAUCAGUCAGUCAUGGCUGUGAACAUCUUUGUGUUAAUAAUGAUGAUUCAUACACUUGCCAAUGCCAUGAUGGAUUUGUACUAAGGCAAGAUGGGAAAACAUGCCGAAGCAAGGAUAUUUGUAAAUCAGUCAACCAUGGCUGUGAACAUGUGUGUGCUAGUGCUGGUGAUUCAUUUGUUUGUAAGUGCCAGGAGGGAUUCCUGCUCAGAGAAGAUGGGAAAACUUGCAGAAAUAAAGAUCUUUGCAAAUCAGUCAACCAUGGCUGUGAACAUGUUUGUGUUAAUUCUGGUGAUUCAUAUACCUGCAAAUGCCACGAUGGGUUCCUACUGAGAGAAGAUGGGAAAACCUGCAGAAACAAGGACAUUUGCAACUCAGUUGACCAUGGCUGUGAACAAGUUUGUGUGAAUACUGAAGACUCCUACAUCUGCCAGUGUCAUGAAAAAUUCAUACUGAAGGAAGAUGGAAAAACAUGUAGAUAUGAAGAUGUUUGCAACUCAAUUGACCACGGCUGUGAACAUAUUUGUGUUAAUACUGAUGAUUCCUACGUCUGCAAGUGUCACAAAGACUUUAUACUGAGGGAAGAUGGAAAAACUUGCAGGACUAAAGACCUGUGUAAAUCCAUUGACCAUGGCUGUGAACAUGUGUGCAUUAAUAGUAACAACUCGUACAGCUGUCAGUGCCACGAGGGCUUUGUCCUGCAACAAGAUGGGAAAACAUGUCGAAGUAAAGAUGUCUGUAAAUCAGUUGACCAUGGUUGUGAAUAUGCUUGUGUUAGUAAUGGAGAUUCCUAUAUCUGCAAAUGCCAGGAGGGAUAUGUACUAAAAGAGGAUCAGAAAACAUGCAGAAGAUGCACUGAAGGCCCACUUGACCUGGUGUUUGUGAUUGAUGGAUCAAAAAGUCUUGGAGAGGAAAAUUUUGAAAUUGUAAAACAAUUUGUCUCAGGAAUCUUGGAUACACUUGAGAUUUCACCCAAAGCUGCUCGAGUUGGUUUGCUUCAGUAUUCCACUGAGGUUCGUACAGAGUUUACAUUAAGGCAGUUCAGCUCAGCCAAAGACAUGAAGAAAGCUGUGUCACAAAUGAAAUACAUGGGUCGAGGUUCCAUGACAGGACUUGCCCUGAGGCAAAUGUCUGAGAGAAGCUUCACAGAGACAGAGGGAGCAAGACCAUUUUCAGCAAAUGUCCCUCGAAUUUCCAUAGUGUUUACGGAUGGACGAGCCCAGGAUGAAGUCUCUGAGUGGGCUACCAGAGCAAAGCAACGUGGUAUAAUCAUUUAUGCCAUUGGAAUAGGAAAAGCAAUUGAGGAAGAACUGCUGGAAAUUGCUUCUGAGCCAUCAUAUAAACAUCUCUUCUAUGCUGAGGAUUUCACAGCUCUGGAGGACAUAAGUGAAGAGCUAAGAGCCCAAAUCUGUGAAGCCUUGAAAGAGUCACCUCACCAGCAGGAUGCAUCAUCUGAGAAGCUUCAUAAGACGGGUACACAGCCUUCAGGACCUGAAUCAACCACAAUAGCCAUCACAGAUGUCAUUGACUGUCCACAUCUCGCAGUACACCACAAGUAUCUUUUUGAAGACAGUCACAUUCACUCCACAACAGCAAAAGCCUCAAAAGAUAACGACCAGUGCAAAUGUGAAAACCUUGUGACAUUCCAGAACUAUGCAACCAGUGAAGUAAGAAAACUCACCCAGCGAUUGGAAGAAAUGACGAAGAGAAUGGAAGACUUGGAAAACAGGCUAAAAUACUGAGCACAGUUUUAAGUGUAUGCUACACUGUAUAUUUAUACAUACAAACUUGUCAAGAGCUAUUUUCUUAAUCUGUUUCUAAGUAAAAUAACAUCUUUGUGUCUGAAGUUGAAAAGAAUAUUUUGGAUCCUUGCAUUUAUAUCCGUUGUCUUGCAUUGAUUGCAGAUAGGAAAUGUUGAAAAUUUUAUAUGAACAAUUUAGUAACUAGCAAAUGUUCUAAUUAAGCAGAACAACUGAAAUAAGCUAUGCAAAAUAAUAAAAUGCUGUUAUUUUUUGAAAUGAAA